AUGGACAGAACCUCGAGUCCUAGUCCGAGUGGCACCAGCCAGACCCCACAGCCCUCCCAACACGAACCCAUCAGCUUCGGCAUUGAUCAAAUCCUCAGCGGGACCGACCAAGACAGCUCCCAGCACAACUCCUCCAACAGGAACAACUUGGAGACUGGCACGACCAACGGAGGUGGCUAUCAUCACCUGGGCAGCCCAAGCGGGGCUAGCGCGACACCUUACACGACUCUCUCGGGCUCUUUCCAUGGCAUUGCCUCUCCGUAUGAUGACACGGGCUCGUACGGUGUCAACCUGACCCUUACGCCUGGUGGAGUGAUCAGGGUGCCGGCGCACAGGCCUCUGGCCGCGGCCGUACCUCCACCCAUGGCCAGCACUGUGCCAGGACUGGGGAGCAUUAGUUUCCCUUGGAUGGAGAGCAGUCAGAGGUUUGCGAAGGAGCGCUUUGCAGCAGCCCUGACGCCGUUCACGGUGGCGCGCCGCAUCGGCCACCCGUACCAGAACCGCACGCCGCCCAAGCGCAAGAAGCCGCGCACCUCCUUCUCGCGCGUGCAGAUCUGCGAGCUGGAGAAGAGGUUCCACCGGCAGAAGUACCUGGCCUCCGCCGAGCGCGCCUCCCUCGCCAAGACGCUCAAGAUGACCGACGCGCAGGUCAAGACCUGGUUUCAGAACAGGAGAACCAAGUGGAGACGCCAGACGGCGGAGGAGCGGGAGGCGGAGCGUCAGCAGGCCAAUCGGCUGAUGAUGCAGCUGCAGCAUGAGGCCUUCCAGAAGUCGCUCGGCGACGCCGCCGUGCCCAGCGACCCGCUCUGCAUACACAACUCCUCCCUCUUCGCCCUGCAGAACCUGCAGCCCUGGGCCUCGGACGAGAACGGAAAGCUGGGACCCGUCACGGCACUGGUAUGA